AUGGCGUCGACGUCGGCAGAGCUGAUCGUCGCCAAAGCGGCCCUUACAGGCGCCCUCUUUCGAGCGGAUCCGCAGUCCUGUUCUCGCGACGAGAUCGAGUCGACGCUCGCGUUGCUGAACACGGCCACCGCCGAGUGCUCACUCUCCAAUGUCCAGAAAUGCAAGCAAUGGGCUCUCGCCAACCUGGUUCCGUCCUCUAUGCGGAUCGCUCCGUUCUGCAAGUACCUGGUCGCACUCGUCAACUCGUAUGGCAAGAGCCCGGCCAAGGACCUCACAGAGAGCGAGAAGAAGAGGGGUCGUGAGACGUCGGUCAAGCGAAAACGUCUCCAUGCCCUCUACCUGCUCAAUGACAUCCUCUACCAUGUCAAGUUCCGCAAUCACGACGACAGCUUCGCUCCAAAGCUUGAACAGGCGCUCCCCGCUUUGGUUAGGAGCGCCUCAUCGUUCACCAACUGCCCGAAGCAUAUUCGCAAAAUCCAGGACUUGAUUUCACUAUGGGAGGAAAAGGGUUACUUUUCAGAGGCUGUCAUCAAGCAGCUACGGGUGGCCGUAGAAGAAGCCCCAGCAUCAGUGCUUCUGCGCAGGAGCACUACGCAGCCAACUGUCACAACAACUACCAGCUCGGUACCCAAGCCCGUAAAAGCAGCUCCUUUCAUCAUGCCAGCCAUGCACGGCGAUCCGUCCAUACCCUGGUACGACUUGCCGGCAGGCAACUGGAUGCCCGUCCUAGAACCGAACUCUACGAGGCCCAUGAACCCCGACAUGAUCAAGCCCCUUGUUCUGUACGCAGGCCCGGCAGAAAAGUCACUCGUGGAGGCGGUCAAGAAACUGCUCGUCGAUGUUGACAACAUUUUCUCCAAGGAUGCCGCGAAUCUCGAUGGGCCUACACCAGAAAUUGGUCAAAUGGGAGAGGUCAUAGAGACUGACGAAAUUACUGGCGAGGUUAUCGGAGGUGAAACCUACUACGGCUGGUCUCGAAACUUUUGCGAGAAAAUGAAGAAGCGAAAUCAGCGGGGAGCUUCGGGCAACGACAGCCGAUCGCGAACCCGAGAAAGGACACGGUCAUCAAGGUCGAGAUCGCGCUCAUUCAGCCCCAGUCGGAGCAGAGACUCGAGCCGUGGGUCUGAUGCUAGACCUGCUUUCAAACGUCCGCGGCUGUCAGAAUCACCAGAAGGAAGAUAUCGCAAGCGGAGUAGAUCAAGAAGUCAAGAUCGCAGCGUGAGCCGGAGCCGAAGCCGGGAUAGGAGCAGACGUGGCCGUGGCUACGAUUCACGCAGCCGCUCCAGGUCUCGCUCACGGGGUAGAUACAGGUCUAGAUCCAGAUCAAGGUCAACAAGUCGUCCAGGCUUCCGACAGAGGAGUCCAACGUACGGUUCACGGGGUCGAAGUCGUUCCCGGUCUCCUGGAAUCAUUGGACUCAGGGGAGGACAGCACCAACCCCCCUAUCAUGCUCCUCUAUCGGCUACCAGCUUUCCAACGGGGAUGCCGCCUCGCCCACCGCAGCACCCGGGCGUCUUUGUCCCACCACCGCCGCCUCCGCCCAACCAGCAACCAGCCGGUAACUUUCAUCCUGUCCCGCCGCCCAUCGGCUUUCCUGUUCCCGUCCCUUCUCUCCCAGGACAACCUCACCAAUUCCCCGGCUUCCCAGUCCCACACCCUCCGCAAACCUAUCAAGGAGGCCAAUGGCCGCCGCCACCACCUGGCCCGCCCCAUCAAUACCCUCAGCAUCCUCAACAUCCAACUCCUCCGUCGCACAUUACCACUCCAUCGCCGCCACCUCCGAACUUCUUCCCGCCCGGUGGCCCGAUGGGCGUAUCUCCACACCAUCCUCCCCCAUUUGCUGCUCCUCCAGGUGGUGCCUGGUCGCCUCCGCCGCCGCAGCACGCGAAUCAACCUCCUCAUCACCAUGCUCAGCAGCAUCAGCAGCAUCAACCUCAGUACCACCAUCAGUCUCAACAACAUCAGGGCCGUGAUUACCAAGGUUAUUCCCAACAUCAGCCGCGUGACUACCAGCAGCAGGGACGCGAAGGAGAGUAUGGAGGAGGAAAUGGAUCGGGAUAUAGAGGUGGUGGACGGGGAGGUGGAGGAGCUGGACGAGGAGAUUACGGUCGGGGUGGAGGAGGGUAUGGAGGACAACGUGGUGGUGCGCCGCGGAGUGGUGGUUGGGCUUGA